AUGGAAGGAGGCAAUCAGACUGUGGUGUCAGAAUUUAUUUUCUGGGGACUUUCCCGCUCACAGAGGAUUGAGGUCUUACUAUUUGUGGUGUUUUUAAUGCUUUACCUACUCAUUGUUUCCGGAAAUAUUGUCAUUCUUGUUUUAAUCACCAAUGACCCCCAUCUUCAUUCUCCCAUGUACUUCCUAUUGGCCAAUCUGUCCUUUAUUGAUAUGUGGCUUUCCUCAGUCACCACUCCUAAGAUGAUCACAGACUUUCUCAGGGAACACAAGACUAUUUCCUUUGCAGGCUGCAUGUGUCAGGUCUUCUUUGCCCAUUGCAUUGCUGCAGGAGAGAUGGUGCUGUUGGUGGUGAUGGCUUAUGAUCGCUAUGUGGCCAUCUGCAAACCCCUCCAUUACUUCACCAUCAUGAACUUGAAGAGAUGCACUGGGUUGGUGUUGACUUCCUGGACAACUGGAUUUGUACAUGCUAUGAGCCACUUGACAGUCAUUGUGGAGCUGCCCUUUUGUGGACCUAAGGAAAUAGACAGCUUUUUCUGUGACAUGCCAUUGGUAAUCAAGCUAGCUUGCAUGGAAUCAUGUGACCUGGAUAUUCUAAUGAAUGCUGACUGUGGACUUGUAGCUGUAACCUGCUUUAUUCUGUUGCUUAUUUCCUACACAUAUAUCCUUAUCACUGUAUGUCAGAGCUCUAAAGCUGGGGCAUCUAAGGCGUUGAACACAUGCACUGCCCACAUCACUGUGGUGUUGAUAUUUUUUGUGCCCUGCAUCUUCAUUUAUGUGUGGCCUCUCAAUAUCACCUGGUUGGACAAAUUUCUUGCUGUGUUUUACUCUGUUUUCACUCCUCUCCUAAACCCAGCCAUUUAUACACUGAGAAAUAAAGAGAUGAAAAAUGCUAUGAAAAGAUUUAUAAGCAACUACCUUGGCCACAAAAGAAAUUUCUAG